AUGCCACACAAUGUCUCUCACUCAACUAGUGUAUUCAAUGCUGGGCCUACUGGAGGCUCGAAUAUAAAUCCCACGUCGCCCAUGUCCUUAAUAAGCUCGGUACCAAGUCCCGGGAGCACUUCAAAUAAUUCCCAGAGUCCGUACGGCACAAACGGCUUACCAGAGACACCGCCACCAGCUUAUUUGCCGCCAGAUGAUGGAUCACAAACUGUACAAUCUCCGCCACCUGAUCCCGCGGCCAUGGACACCACCGGUUAUAGUGACAAUAAACUUAAUCCAGAAAGGUUGAAACUACAUACGGGUGCAUUGUUGACCGCUGACAAGGAUGUCAAAGUGUCUGUCUUAAGUAUAUUUAUUGCAAGAUUAGGUAAAAUUUUGCACUAUUGA